UUCAAAAUGGCAGCCGCACAUGUCGUUCGCCRACUUACGAAACGAGCAUUUUCUGGAUCGUUAAGUUUUCAAGCCUUGUCAUGUCUUCGAUCUUCCAAUUUUCAGUUGGCAAGGGUGAUCCAACGAACUCAAAAUAACUUUUGUACAACUUCAAAGGGGAACACUUUAGAAUUUCCAAGGUUUAGGGACGCAGUCGACGAGGGAAACGAGACCGAUGAUUUUACUGAAGAAAAUGCGGCUUUAACUGAUCCAGAUUUCUUCCAAGUUGGYAAAYUGUUUACAAUGAGAGAGYUGUUUGAUGCUGGAGUCCAUUAYGGUCAUCAUGAAGGCUGUUGGAGUCCGCUUAUGAAGCCUUAYUUAUAUGGCACUAGAGAACACAUGCAUAUCAUUGACUUGAAUGAAACUGUGAAGCAUUUAAAGCUUGCUCUUAAUGUGGUCAGCCAUAUUGUGUACCGAGGUGGGAUCGUCCUUUUUAUCUGCACACACCCACAAUUUGAACGCCUUACGCAAACAUUAGCUCGUGAUACAAAUGAGUACUUUGUUACAAGACGUUGGAGAGGAGGGACUUUCACCAAYUCACAUAUGGUACUACAGACCAGAAGGCUUCCAGAUGUUGUCGUUUUUCUCAACUUGCCCUCACUAGGMAGGAAUUCCCUCGCAGUAAAAGAAACAGCAAUGUGUAAUAUACCAAGUAUAGCUAUUGUGGACAGUGACUGUAAUCCCAAUCUUAUCACCUAUCCUAUACCUGGUAAUGAUGAUACCCCAUCAGCGAUGGAACUSUAUGCACRGGUGUUUARGAAUGCAGUUUUAAAUGCAAAGGAAAAGAGAAAAUCCCUCAGGUUUACAAAAAAUCAGAAGACAUAUAAUGARAGAAUUCCUUUGGAUAUGAAUGAAGACUUUGAUUAAAUGUUUGCUGCGAAAGGACUCAUUUGACUCAAGGGGAAUAAAUACCUUUGCCAAGCUUAUAGUUUUCAACUGAAAGCACUUGUUAAUAAAGAAUAGACAAUAAACAUGAAA